AUGCUCUACUCCUCGGACAACACGACUUUGCUGAACCCUGGCAACCCAAAAAUGACUCCAGAUGACAACGAGAUCCAUCUGACGUCAACUCCACUUGUCUUUCAAAAUUCCACGUGUCUGCUCAACGCGUUGCUCCAACUCUGGCUCAUUUUCCAUCUCGCCUUCUCAGAGCCAAAGAUAUUCACGGAAUUCCGAGACAUUUCGAAAAUUUUCCGCAUUUUUCCGAUUUCCAGUAUCAUCCGAUCGAUUUCUUUUAUUUUGGCUUCUAUCUACCUCUCUUUCUAUCCACCAGGCACAUCUGAGUAUACAGUAAUCUCCACUGGAUUACUGUAUAUUGAUUAUUGUUGUAAUUAUAUGUGUAUGUUGCUGAUACUACUCGCUUCAGUCAAUCGAGUACUAUUUUUUAUCAAACCCCGCUAUUUCAAAAAAUGUUUCCCAAGUGGUGAAGUCGGAAUAUACUCGUGGUUGGUAUCCGCCGCGGCACUCGCUUUUUGGGGGUCUAUUCUAUUUGUUAAAGGAGCACAACCCGUGAAAAUCAACUAUUUUGAGUGUAUUGGCUUUGUGGCGGUUGGAGAUGGGAGUAUUUGGCAUAAGUUCCUCACCAUUCUCGUCUACACAGUCCUAAUCGGUUCUCUCAUCUGCUACAGUUUCAUCUAUCGUUAUCUCCAUAAAAUGUCGCGUACCAUCUCUGCACCAAGAAACCGUAACCCCCACAAGCAGAAAAUGUUCCAACAAGUGCUGGUCACCGCUGUGGUCUAUCUGAUCGUCCAACUAUUCAACGAAUUUAUAUAUUUCAAAAAUCUCACUGAAUUCUGGAAAUUUCAGACAACUUUUGUGAAUUUAUUCAAUGUAUCCAGUUUUAUUCCGGAAAUGGUCAUUCCGUUAUGGUCACUUGCUGAUUGGCUGAAAAUUAAAUAUAUUGCUUGGAUCACGUCGGAGAAUACUAUUCCUGUUUAUACGAUUCCGAAUAAUGUGUUAUGA